AUGGGCCCCUGUACCGCCUCCUCAUGCUGCUGCCAGGCCCGUAAUCUGCCAUGGGCCCCCGUACCGACUCCUCAUGCUGCUGCCAGGCCCGUAAUCUGUCAUGGGCCCCUGUACCGCCUCCUCAUGCUGCUGCCAGGUCCAGAGUGUGUCAUGGGUCCCUGUACGGCCUCCCAUUGCUGCUGUCUCCAUCGCCACACUCUGCCAUGUGCCACUUUCAGGUCUCCUCACACUGCUGGUGGUUUCCAUUUUUGUCAUAGGGUGCUGUAUGGCCUCCCAUUGCUGCUGCCUCCACCGCCACACUGUGGCUCCACACUCUGGUUUUGGCCCCGUGACUGCCCAAAUUAGUGAAGUGUGCGGUGAUUCUAAGAUCGACGGCACUCAUCUGCAUGUCAUACUGACUGACAGUAUUAUUUCUCUCUUCCCCAGCAGACUCCAAGGGCAUUUAAAUUAAAGGUACAGUGUUCUGCGCUAAUAUAA